AAGUCUUACCCAAAAUUCCAACACAGUUCUCCUUUGCAGUAUUGAGAUCACUAUAUUUAUCAUCUUCCUCUAUCCAUCAACGUCAUUCAUAGAUGGCGUCUCCUUCUUCUUCUGCUUUUCUCAGUCUCUCAUGAAACCUUUUCUUCCGAUCACAGCUGUUUGACUUGUGCCGACCUUGUUAAACAAUAUGUGCCUUAUGAAAUGACUUUCAAGUCAUGGGUUUUCUGCUUCUUUAGUCCUUCAGGAAAUUUUCUCUGAAUAGUUCCUUUUUUUUUUACAGGAGAUUUUGGUCAUAAGAAGUGUUUUAUUGAGGUUUCUGUUAAAGUGUGUCUCUGGCUUUACGUAACUUGUUGUCUACAUUUUGAGAUUGAGACAGAAUCAUUGAUUGCUUUUUAAAUGGUGGAGCUUCAAUCUCGUGCUACCUUAGUGAAUGUCUCUGCUUUGUCCGCCGAGUUGCAGAGAGAGAGACAGAAAAAUGCAGAGCUGAUGCGGAGAAUAUCAGUACUGGAAGCUCAGAUACGAGAUAGAAACAAGAAGGAAGAAACUAUUCUAGUCACAGAUAUUGGACAAGGGAAGAAUGAAGCGGCAAGCAACUACAAGAGAUCCAAAAGGAGGAAACUGGAAAUGGUGGGUGAUAUCAAAGAGAAGGGCAACAGAGAAGAUUUCAAAAGUGAUAUGACCUCACAGAAUAAUGCUGCUGAAAGAAGCUUGGUCAAUUGGAUGAGCAUAGAUGACACCCAAAAUCUUCACCUUGAAAAAUUCAAAGAUAGUGAUUGUGCUGGAGAUUUUGAUGAAACUGAUAGUGAUGAUAACUAUGAUGAUCAUGACCACAUAGAUAAUGGCCACAGAAAUGCAGAAGUUGAUGUUAGACAAGAGGAGCAUGAACAUCAAAAGAUGAAUGAAGUCAAAACACAUGAAGAGACAGAAAUUGAAGAGACCGAGGGUUAUUACUGUACAGCAGCACCACAAGAGGCUCGAUCAUCAGGAUUUACAAGUGUACCAAAUAGAAACCGUCUGAAGGUAGCUUUCUGCCCCAAGGAAGUUAAGAGUAUACUUGAGUCUGAAGUCCUGUUACAGAAAAAUGCUCAGUCUCACACUAUAAGGAAAAUCAUAGUUUUUGCAUCACUUGGCAUAAGGCAUGGGUGUGAAGAUAUGUGUGAGCUAGAUUUCAACCAUUUUAGCAUUUUGAAGAAAGGAGAACCAUACAUAUCUCCUAGGAACCCUGGGGAACAUGUUUUAUAUGAGAAUCCUGGUGUUCGAAGGAAAAUUUUCUACCCAAAUAGAGAGAAUCCAAUAUUAUGUCCUGUUCAGAUACUUGAGGAAGAAAGACUCAUGCGUCCAUCUGAUGCUAGUUGUCCUUCAUGCCUAUUUUUGUGCAUUAAGUAUGGUGGAAGAACAAGAAAUCUUCCCCAAAAUGAGUAUGUGAGGCAGAGGAUGGGAAGGAACAAAUUGAAGUCUUUUGGACCAAUGAUCUGCAGAAUGGCAAUUUUGGCUCAUAUUCGGAGCGGUAGCUUUUUCUUCAAGGCCUUAGGCAUCACACUUCUGUUCAUGGCAGGGUUUCCUGAUAAUAUAGUUCAGAGAGAAACCAAAUACCGGAACCUAGACUUGCUUCAGAAAUAUUACAGGAAAGAUGAAGAUGCUGCUGAAGAGGAGCUGUUUCUUCCACGUCCAAUUGCAUGUGACAAUCACGUCACUGCUGAAACUCAGAGUUCAACCAGAAAGUCACUUCUUGCUAAAGCUGGAGGAAAGAAACACACAAACUCCAUGAACAGGUCUCAGAGCUUACAGAUACAGAUGAAGACUUCAGCAGGACAGUCAAUCCCCGCAAGUUCAGGACCCUCUCAAUUUGGCCUGACUGGUUAUUCCUCUUCUCACACUUUAGCUAUGGCAGCAUUUCAUUCUGCUAUCCCAUCCCAGAUUUCUCAAAAUACUUCUCAGACAACAAACAAGCAUGCCUCAUAUCAGAUGCUGCCUCCGCAACCAACAAGUGCUUACGUGCCUCUAGUGUAUUGGCCUCCACCACCAAGUACAUUUCCUUUUGCUUUCCUUCUGCUGCAAAUUACAUCUCCUUCCAGUCACAGCCUUACUUCAAUCAUCCAACCUAUAGUUCCUCAGUGAUGACCAAGUUAUUAGAAGGAAGUGGAAAGAAUGAAGUGGCCUCUGAUCAAAUUGACAGUGACUCUGACAGCAGUAAUCCAGGUGGCGUCCAGGAAAAGCAGAGAUCAAGUACCUGCAACUGCAAGUAGUGAAAAUGUUAAAUCUUUUAUGUCAAUGUGCUACUAGUCUCUAGAGUUGUUGUCAAAUUUUAAUUUAAUGUUUAUCAUUUGAAAAUUUGUAAUUGGAUCUCUAUAAUUCUUCUUCUUUUGUUAAAAUCUUUAUCAAUGCGCAUGGAUGAU